AUGAAGAGAUGAUGAGACCGGUAUGUACUACAUUGAAAGAUGUUCAGAACAAGUUCCGGGCUCUUCUUCCUAAAGAUGCCAUCUUGUGUGGUCACUCUCUUAACUUCGACUUGGACAGCUUAAAGAUGUUUCACCCUUACGUCAUUGACACCAGCACAAUUUACAAUCUCUCUGGAUUCAAAUAUCAAAAGAGCAAACUGAAGAAGCUGACCGAAUAUUUCCUUGGUAAACAGAUUCAGACUGGAGACAGUGGCCACAAUUCAGUGGAAGAUGCAACUGCCAGCCUGCAAUUGGUGCAGUUAAAACUGAAAAACAGUAUUGAGUUUGGUGAUGUGAUUCUUGACACAAAUUUGACAAUACACAAAACGGAAGCAUGUAAUAACUCCACUCCAGUUCACAAAGAAUCUUCCAGUCCAAACACAAAACAAACAAAAGAGGAAGGUGUGGCCGUUGAUGACAAUCGGAAGUUCUUUGUUAACAUGAGUGACUCAGCGACACAUCGCAGUUUCUUUGAUCUACUCAAUGAACAUCAGAAGAAAUCUCUGGUGAUUGAUGCGAGAUCUGUGAUUGACAUGUAUUCAGGAGAACCUGGUCAAAGGAUAAGCCAUGGUUCUGAUGAAGAAAUUGUCAGCACUGCCCAACAGAAACUCUAUGACAACGACUUCAUGUGGCUCCAGUUGAAUUCCUUCCACAAUCUUCUCCAAACCAACACAGACAGCAAAGAGGCAGACAUUCAGAAAUGCCUGCAGACGUUAGAUUCCCAUGUUGGUACACUGAUGAAAACUAUCUUCUCAAAAGCUCUGGUGACGCUAAUAUUGACAGGUCGUGAUAACGAGGACGAAGACUAUCAGAAUGGUAUGACUUUAGUGAAGAUUUCUUAAAGGUUUCUACAGAAAAGAACUGAGAAGGUGUGAUCGACUGAUCAACUCUUUCAGCUGAUCUCCCUCACACUGCUGCUACUGCUGCUGCUGCUGCUGCUCUCUAUAUAUUUAUAUAAAAAAAAAAUCUACGAGGAACAACCA